AGAGAGAGAGAGAGAGAGAGAGAGAAGAUGGAGUGGAGGAAGAGUUAUCUUGAUCUCAUAUUGGUGCCCUUGAGCGUCCUCUCACCCAUCUUAUACCAUAUCUGGUUAUGGCAAAGAAUCAGGUCGCAGCCAGAACGGACCAUCAUUGGAAUCAAUUCGGCCAGCAGACGACUCUGGGUCUUUGCCAUGAUGAAGGACAACGAUAAGAAAAAUAUCCUGGCAGUGCAGACAAUCCGUAACGCAAUAAUGGGUUCAACCUUGAUGGCCACCACCUCCAUCCUCCUCUGCUCCGGCCUGGCAGCCAUGAUCAGCAGCACAUACAGCAUCAAGAAGCCCCUAAACGAUUCGGUCUACGGCGCUCAUGGGGAGUUCGUCAUGGCUUUGAAGUAUGUCAUGCUUCUCUUGAUCUUUCUCUUUGCCUUCCUCUGCUACUCCCUCUCCAUCAGGUUCAUAAGCCAGGUGAACUUUCUCAUCAACGUCCCCCAAGGGGAUGACAACUCCCUGGUGACGCCGGAGUACGUUUCUCAUCUUUUGGAGAAGAGUUUUGCCCUCAACAUAGCGGGCAACAGACUCUUUUAUGCAGGUCUCCCCAUCAUACUGUGGAUAUUUGGGCCAGUUUUGGUUCUCAUAUGCUCUGUCUCCAUAGUCCCGAUACUAUACAACAUGGACAUCGCCUAUGGGCAAGGAAAGGGUGAAAAGGUUGACAGAAAAAUUUCUAUGGGAGCAUAGGAGACGAAUAAAGGUGGCUAUAUUGAACAGGAUUAUCAGUGUAUUGUCUUUAAUUACCUUCUAGGCGCAGUAGAGUUCCAGUCAGCGACCAGAAUAUACAUCUCGGUGGGUGUAGUAAAGUAAGAUUAAUUUGUUUUUAAUGUCCUUUCUAAAUUAUCCUUGGCUCCUGUUGCUUUUGCCGGGGUUGGAUACGGACUGGCUUGUUGGGAUGAUUUGAUUUGGAUCCAUCGUGGUUAGAUGUGUAAAGGCCUACUUCAAGUGGAACAAGUUUGGCUGGGUAAACUGGGCUUCCUGGUCAGUGGUGGAACGAGGGCUUUGUUCAAACUUUUACCCUGGUAAUGGGCGUGCCUUCUUUGGGUCUUCAUCUCUUACCAACUAUUAAGAUUCUGAUAUGCCAUGCAUGCAUGUAUCAAUGCUUGGCAAUGGUGUAAAAUCAGCACCACAUCCAUUUUACAAUAUGAAUUGUUAUUGUUAUACAUAUCAUCUGCAAUUGCCUUUAUUUAUCGUUGUAUUUUA